AUGGACGCACCUCGGUUCUCCGCUAGAAGUCAAACAUGUACUCUUUUCUCUGCUCCGACCGUGGAUGUAGCUACAUCUUCUGCUCUCAUUCACAACGGAAAUCCAAGUGAAACCACAAGUAUUCUAAUCUUGUUGUUAUUCACACUCCAUGGUUUAUCUGUGGCAUACUUGUCUGGUAGGCGAUCACCAAGUGGUCUAAUUUAUGGAACUUACACUCAAGAUGAUAUCGAUGCUCUGAGGGCAUUAGCUGAAGAACCUGGAAUCAUAGACAUAUUCCUCACAUAUCCUUCUUACCUCUUUCACUCCAUUCUAUUUCUUAUAGUUACAUGGGUGAUGAUUUUAUAUCAUAAGAAAUCAAGCCCCGGUACCAUGUUGCAGGAUCUAAGGGUGUAUUAG